GUUCGUCUCUCCCUGAAAAUAUUAAUAAAUAUGUUCCUUGCUAAACUUACAUACUUCAACGAACAAAAGUUCUAAACUUCAAACUUUAUUCUCACUCAAACCAUUAUUCCCUAGCCUCCGAGAUCAAUCAAAUUUCAUUACUAGCUAGGCUGAUCUAUCAAUUCAAUCCUUGUGGAAACCUCCUUCAUUCUCUCCACAGAAGAAACUAUUCCAAAUAAUAAUGUGUGAAACCAAAAAUUUCUACUUAUGGCUACUUCAGAUUGUUGGCCUCUCAGGCCUUCUUGCUCUUUGUCUAUGGCUAGCCUUACGUCCCAAAAGCCCCAACUAUACUAUCGUGAACUUUUUGGUCCCUGCGGUGAAUGAUGGCAAUGCAUCUGAUCAUGGGAUAAUUCAAUACGAACUUGAUAUCCAAAAUCCAAACAAAGACUCUGGUAUCGACUAUGAUGAUAUCUUCCUGAUCUUUUAUCACGGGCCAGAUACAGUGGGGAACAAUGCUAUCCCUUCUUUUUAUCAAGGGAAGAAUAGAAAUCGUCUAGUACUUGACCAUGUGGAUGUUGACACCGGCCUUUGGACAGCUCUUCGAAAUGCAAUACUGAAUGCAACUGCUGAAUUAAGGGUUGAUUUAUCAACUACGAUCAAAUAUAAAACAUGGGGCAUAAAGAGUAAUCACCACAGCAUACACAGGGAAGGGAAGAUACCGAUUGGUAAAGAUGGCAAGCUAUCAAACAAGAAGAAGAAAGUUAAACUUCGACGUGCACAUUCAUCAAAGAAAUGGAAACUAAGGGCUACUCGAUUUCUCUGA